AUGGACCUGGGCAUGGAUCUGGACAUGGGCAUAGAUCUGGACCUGGGCAUGGAUCUGGACAUGGGCAUAGAUCUGGACCUGGGCAGAGACCUGGACAUAGGGAACUGGGGCUGGUCCUGGCAGCUCCUCGUGGCCCAGAUUGGCUCGGACCCCGGGAUCUCUCCACCCCUGGAGGUGCCGGCCUCCAUCGCCCCCCGACAGGCCCCGACGGCUCCGAGUGCCGGAGCCAAGGAGAGGCGGCUGCUGCCGCACGGGGUUCCUGGUGCUAUCCCGGGAGGGGGAGUCCCAGGAGGAGGCUUUUUCCCAGGUGCUGGAGUUGGAGGUUUGGGAGCAGGACUCGGGGCUGCAGGAAAACCUCCCAAACCAGGGGUCGGAGGACUUGGGGGGGUCGGAGGACUUGGGGGACUCGGCCCCCUGGGCCUGCAGCCAGGUGCUGCAGGUUUGUUCCCCGGAGCCUUCCCCGGGGCGGCGUUCCCGGGAGCCGCCUCGGCUGCAGCGCUCAAGGCUGCAGCCAAAGCUGGUGCUGGCAUUGGAGGCGUGGGUGGAAUUGGUGGUCCUGGUGGCCUCGGGGUCUCCACAGGUGCCGUGGUGCCAGGCGCGGUGCAGCCCGGCCUUGGCGCGGCAGGGAAACCCCCUAAAAUACCAGGUGCUGGGAUUCCUGGAGCUUUUCCGGGCGGCGUGCUCCCCGGUGUUCGUUUCCCUGGCGUGGGAGUGCUGCCCGGAGUCCCCACUGGAGCUGGAGUCAAGCCUAAAGCCCCAGGUGCUGGAGCCUUUGGAGGAAUUCCUGGACUGGGAGGUUUUGGAGGUCAGCAGCCCGGUGUCCCUCUGGGUUAUCCCAUCAAAGCUCCUAAGCUCCCAGGUGGCUAUGGACUGCCCUACACCAAUGGUAAGCUGCCCCAUGGCCUCAGGCCUGGCGGGAUAGGAGCCGGCCUCCUGGCAGGAAAGGCAGGAUACCCCACCGGGACAGCAGUUGGAGGACCGGCAGCAGCGGCAGCAGCGGCGAAGGCAGCGGCAAAGGCGGGAGCUUUUGGCGCCGGCGUUCCCGGUGUCGGUGUGGGCGGCGUCCCCGGCCUCGUGCCCGGAGUUGGAGGUGUCCCUGGCUUGGUGCCCGGUGUCGGAGGUGUCCCCGGUGCAGUGCCCGGUGUCGGAGGUGUCCCUGGGGUGGCAGGUGACUGGUCUGUGUCUCCCUUGUCCCCAGGGGUGCCGUCGGCAGCAGCAGCAGCAAAGGCAGCUAAGUACGGCGCCGGCGUUCCCGGUGUCGGUGUGGGCGGCGUCCCCGGCCUCGUGCCCGGAGUUGGAGGUGUCCCUGGCUUGGUGCCCGGUGUCGGAGGUGUCCCCGGUGCAGUGCCCGGUGUCGGAGGUGUCCCUGGGGCGCCGGCGUUCCCGGUGUCGGUGUGGGCGGCGUCCCCGGCCUCGUGCCCGGAGUUGGAGGUGUCCCUGGCUUGGUGCCCGGUGUCGGAGGUGUCCCCGGUGCAGUGCCCGGUGUCGGAGGUGUCCCUGGGGUGGCAGGCGCCGGCGUUCCCGGUGUCGGUGUGGGCGGCGUCCCCGGCCUCGUGCCCGGAGUUGGAGGUGUCCCUGGCUUGGUGCCCGGUGUCGGAGGUGUCCCCGGUGCAGUGCCCGGUGUCGGAGGUGUCCCUGGGGUGGCAGGAGCUGGCAUUCCUGGCAUCGCUGGCGUUCCUGGUGUUCCUGGAGUUCCCGGUGUCCCUGGUGUUCCAGGCGUUCCUGGCGUUCCUGGGGUUCCUGGUGCUGUUCCCGGUGUUGGAGUUGGUGGCCCAGCAGCAGCGGCCGCAGCCAAGGCUGCAGCGAAAGCAGCGGCGAUCGUCUUUCCCCUCGGACACAUCCCUGAACCUCUCUGCAGGAGCAGGACGCGUUCCCGGUGUUGGUGUUCCUGGUGUUGGUGUUCCUGGUGUUGGCAUUCCCGGUGUUGGCGUUCCUGGUGUUGGCGUGCCCGGAGUGGGUGUGCCAGGUGUUGGUGUGCCCGGUCUGGUUCCUGGGGUUGGCGUUCCAGGAGGUCCGGCAGCCGCUGCCAAAGCAGCCGCCAAAGCAGCCAAGUACGGCCCAGCAGUGCCUGGGGUCCUUGGGGGUCAGGGAGCAGGUGGCCUGGCUCCCAGUGUGGGUGGCCUGGUUCCUGGAGUAGGUGGCCUGGUUCCUGGAGUAGGUGGCCUGGUUCCUGGUGUGGGUGGCCUGGUUCCUGGUGUUGGAGGUGUCCCAGGUGUUGGAGGUCCAGCAGCAGCAGCCAAAGCAGCAGCCAAGGCAGCCAAAUUUGGUGCCGGGGUUGGAGGGGUGCCAGGGGUGGUGCCUGGCGUGGGCGGAGUGCCCGGAGUGACACCCGGUGUUGGUGGCGUGCCCGGCUUGGUGCCAGGGGUGGGAGUGCCUGGAACUGGCAUCCUUCCUGGGGCAGGCAUCCCCCAAGUAGGGGUGCAGCCUGGUGCUAAACCUCCCAAAUUCGGUGUUCCUGGGGUUGGAGUCCCAGGGGUUGGUGGCCUCCCAGGUGGCCUUGGAGUCGGUGGGCUCGGAGUUGGUGGCCUUGGCGUUGGAGGUCCCGGCUUCGGCGUAUCACCGGUAUUUCCAGGUGGGGUCGGCGGCCUGGGAUUCGGUGGGAAGCCCCCCAAGCCCUACGGAGGAGCUCUGGGUGCCCUGGGCUUUAGAGGCGCGGGCUGCGCGGCAGGGAAGUACUGCGGGAGGAAGCGGAAGUAACGCUCCGUCACCGAUCACCUCAUGAACUUUGGUGCUACUGCAUGGUCCAGAAUGUAAAUCCGAAGCAAAGCUGAGACACCCUCUCCUCCAGCCCCGGACCCCCCCGUCCAUCCCGGGGCCGUGCCCGGCCCCGCGUUCCCCGGAGGGACCCCGCGUUCCCCGGCAGCGCCCGGCCCCCCCCCGCCCCUCGGUCCCGGCAGGGAGCGCGGAAUAAACUGCGGGGAGCAGCCGU